AGUCCAGCAGCACCACAGACAUGUCUGCUGCUAGUUAGCUGCUGGUUAGCACGUCCGCCGAUGUCUCUCCCCUUAAAGCGAACAAAUUAACCUUGAAUGCAGCUUUGUGUAUAACUUAAUGGUUUUCCGGGGCCGCGGUGUGUGAAUAUCUGGACAAUGUCGAGCAGAAAGCGAAGGACAGAGAAGGAGGACCGACGAGACCACAAGAGACACAAGUCAUCCAAACAGGAUUUGGAGAAACUCAAAACACAAUCGAAAAAACUCAACCAGAAAGUGCAACAGCUGAAACACGUCGAGACGUUCUAUGAGAAGCCUCCACCAGGACUCAUUAAGGAGCAUGAGGACAAACCAGAGGACUGUAUCCCUGCUGAACCAGGAAAUGAAGAAGCGAGGAGCUUCCUGGCACACGCCCCCACCAAGGGGCUGUGGAUGCCUCUGGGGAAGGAGGUGAAGGUGAUGCAGUGUUGGAGAUGUAAGCGCUACGGCCACAGGACAGGAGACAGGGAGUGUCCGUUCUUCAUCAAAGGCAACCAGAAACUAGAGCAGUUCAGAGUGGCUCAUGAAGACCCGAUGUAUGACAUCAUUCGGGAAAACAAAAGAAAUGAAAAAGAAACCAGGAUCCAGCAGCUGCAGCAGAUGCUCCAGGACACCACUUCCUCCGAUUCAGACAGCUCCUCCUCUUCCUCUUCCUCCUCCUCCUCCGAUCACCAUCGCAGCAAGAAGAGGAAAAAGAGGAAGGACAAAAAGAAGAAAGACAAGAAGAAGAGAAAAAGGAAACGAAAGCACAAGUCCUCCAAAACUACUGAUUGCUCGGAUUCAGAUUGACUCUCUGGAACUUGCUGAUAUAUGCACUUACACGCCACGAGCUUUAACCGUAGGAAGAGACGAAGAGAGCAAGUGUGUUCUGCAGAGCGCCUCAGCAAGAACUGCACUCUGAAGACCUUUGUAAGCCUUUUCUCUGCAGGUUGAAACUCUAAAACUGCAAGUCCAGUACGCAUGACUUCUCCCAGCCGUUUCAUCGUCUCCAGGGUGACAACUUGCAUUUGCAUCCUCUCCACUAGAUUGUACAGCACUGGGUCAUACGGCACAGCUGCUUAAGUAAGUGUGUGCAUGUGUGCCUUGGUGCAUAUGUGUGUCAAGAAGCAUUAGCCGCAUGAGUAAUGAAUCUUAAGUGAUAUGAAAUGAGCCCGCUGGUGUAAGAGAUAGCAUGUCAGCAAAUACAGUGUGUUAUUAAGAGAUUGUAUUUUCCACCAUAUUUUUGUAUCCCUGCCAUCUCGCUGGUAUUAAAUACUUUGAUUGUAGAGUGUGUUAAACGCAGAGGUGGGGGGAAAAAAUGAAACGUCGGAGUAAAGUUAAAACUUGUCUUCCACACAAGCCCGAAUGUUUGAAUGCUUGUGACUGUACAUAAAUAUUUGAAACGAUUUGAGGUUGGAAUAUGCUCAUAUGCUCUGAGAAGAAGCCACAGACAUGGGGAAGGAAUGUAUGUGAAUGUGCUCCCUUAUUCUGAGAAUAAAGAUGGCUCUCUUUCUCCAA